UAUUAUUUCAAUCCUGCAGAGGCUUACGGACUUGGAGACAACAUGAGAGCUGUCGUAGCCUUGUUGCUGCUGCUGUGUAGCCUGGCUGUCAAUCUUGUUGACAGCCGUGGGCCUACUACUACUCCUGCUACUACUACUACUCCUGCUACUAGUACUACUCCUACUACUACUACUCCUACUACUACUACUACUACUCCUGCUACUACUACUACUCCUAUUACAACUCCUACUCCUACUACUACUCCUGCUACUCCUACUACUACUCCUACUACUACUACUACUACUCCUACUACUACUCCUGCUACUACUAAUACAACUCCUGCUACUACUCGUUUUACUACUCCUGGAGGUCCUCGUCCUACCACUCGUCGUACAACUCGUCCUGCCACCCGUCCUACUACUCGUCCUGCCACCCGUCCUACUACUCGUCCUGCCACCCGUUCUACUACUCUUCGUACCUCUCGUCCUACCUCUCGUCCUACUACUCGUCCUACCUCUCGUCCUACCAUCCGUCCUACUACUAGUCGUACCACUCGUCCUACCUCUCGUCCUACUACUCGUCCUACCAUCCGUCCUACUCGUCCUACCACCCGUUGGACCACUCGUCCUACUACUCGUCCUACUACUCGUCCUGCCACCCGUCCUACUACUCGUCCUACCUCUCGUCCUACCAUCCGUCCUACUACUAGUCGUACCACUCGUCCUACCUCUCGUCCUACUACUCGUCCUACCACCCGUUGGACCACUCGUCCUACUACUCGUCCUACUACUCGUCCUGCCACCCGGCCUACUACUCGUCGUACCUCUCGUCCUACUACUCGUCCUACCUCUCGUCCUACCAUCCGUCCUACUACUAGUCGUACCACUCGUCCUACCUCUCGUCCUACUACUCGUCCUACCAUCCGUCCUACUCGUCCUACCACCCGUUGGACCACUCGUCCUACUACUCGUCCUACUACUCGUCCUACCACUCGUCCUACCACUCGUCCCUAUACUCGUCCUACCAAUCGUCCUCGUCCUACCAAUCCUCCUCGUCCUGACCGAUGGACCUGCAGGGAGGGUCCUCGGCUGAAUGGCGCCAUGCAGAUUGAUGCUGGAAUGGGAGAAGUGGUUGUAGCAGACAAGUACAAACGGACGUACUUCCUCAGUGGACUUGCCUUCUACAGACUGGGCAGACUGGGCAUGAAGCAUGUCACAGUGGGAGCUGGGGGAUUGUGGGGAACUUGCCAUGCCAACAAGGUGUACAAAUAUGUGGCUGGAGACUUCAAACUUGCCAAAGGUCUGUCUAUGCACCAGGUGGAUGCCGGCGGUGAUGGUCAGAUUGUUGGAGUAGGAUCCGGCAGCUAUAACGCCUACUGUCUGAAAGAGGAGACAGCUUUGGGUUUCUCUGGACGACGCACCCUGAGCUGGACUUACCUCUCAAGAAAGAUGAUGUACUACAGCUGUGGCCCAAGGAUGGGAUGCUGGGGAGUAGACAAAAGUUACAGGAUCUGGGUCACAAAGAAUAUAUCACCAACCAACUGCCGCACUAGUGGCUGGACAGCUGUGUCAGGGCCAAGAAUGAAAAUGAUUGAAGUGUCGUCAGACGGAAACGUUUUUGGCUUGACUACAACUGGCAGGGUCUACCAAAGAACUGGCAUCACCAACCAUCGCAGACAAGGCACACGCUGGGUUUACAUCCCAAUGUGCAUGCCCGUCAGACACCUGUCCUUUGACCUGAAGAAUCUUUGGAUCGUGACCACCUCUGGUUUGACCAUGAAGUGCUCAUGCUAAUGUCAUCAGUCUGUCUUGGCUCUCAUCCAUUCAAAGUUCUUCAUUUCUUUUAAAUCAUUCAGUGCACACAAUUAAUAAAUUAUUAGCAUUUUUUCUUCAGUGUUGAAUCUCUGCUGUAACUGUAAUGACUGAAUAGUCUCAUGCAUCUUUAACUUCUUCCUGCCAAUUGGUGGACUUUCUACUAAAUUAUUCUCAAUAAAUGAUAAUUUAAUCAAUUUCA